AAGCCAAUAAUGAUCCAAUGCAAAAGCUCAGUAACAAGCCAAGGGAAAAGCCCAGUAACAAUUUAACACAGACAUUCAGUAAUGACCCAACUAGAUACUCAGUAACAACUCAACAGCUAAAUGCUGGUAUAGAGGUGGAUGAUGAUAUAGAGAUAAAUGGUGAUAUAGAGGUAGAUGAUGAUAUAGAAGUGGACGAUGAUAUAGAGGUGGAUGAUGGCAUAGAGGUGGAGAAUGAUAAUAUAGAAGUAGAGGAUGAUAUAGAGGUAGACGAUGAUAUAAAGCAAGACGAUAUAGGAUUAAAAAACAAUCAAAUUACACUGUUAAAGUUAAAAGGAAGUAUUGAUUUUGUAAAACAAGAAGAAUUUUGUUUUCGAAAAUGUAGACGUAUAAUGGAUCCAGAUGAUAAAUCGAUAGUAAGACGACGAAUAUAUGAAUGUUUCCAUUCAGGUGUAUAUGAAUCAGAAAAGGUUAUUUUUGAAGAAAAGAGGAGAGAUCGUGAAUGA